CUCCGCCGGCCUCCACCCUCGCUUCCCCAACGUGCCCUGCAGUGAGGCCGUGUCCGGCCGGGAGCGGCGGUUGGAGGAGGCGGGGGGGGAGCGCACACGCGUGCAGUCUCUUCGUCCAGUCCCUGUGUCUGUGGGACUGGACGCAGAGACACUUGCACAUUAUUAUAUAGGAUUGCAAACGUUUGGGAUUUAGAAGCAUUGCAAAAGGACACCAACAAACUAGGCCUAUGCCCUUUAGCAUCACUUGUUGGCAACCACCCAAGACGGUUUGCAUUGCUAACAAAGCUCUUAAGCUCUUGGCUAAGCCCAUCCCCUUGUCCCAACAGAGGGAAAGCGUCAAGUCUGCAGUUUGCAAUAGGCAGUUUUGUUCAUCUGUAGUUACGGGUUUAAUUUUAUAAGCAUUGAAAUGAACUGAUUAUGGAAUUCUGAAUAUUUUAGUUUCCAUCAACUCACCGUAGCCAAAAUGUAUUUGUUCAGCAUUUUAAAAAAUUAUUCUGUCAAAAUCAACUAGAGAGAUGGUUACCUUUUCAAAUGGACUGUGUUCUCUGAGAUAUUUUAUGCCACCUUGUUUUUCUUCAUUAUUCUGAAUUUCCCUUAUAGUGUUUUUCACAUGUCAGCUUCAGAUCUUUCAAAAAGUUAGAGGAAAAGCACAAGCGAGAGUCUUACCAUGCUUCAUUUGGUUAUCACUAAGACAGCUUGCUCACUCCACCCUAGUACAGGAUGUGUCUGUCUGAGAUAACAGUUCUUGAUCCAUGUAAAGGUCUCCAGGAAGGUAUCUACUGUCAUUUUGCAUGUGUGAGCGCACUAGAAGUCAAAAGCGGCUUUUUUAUUUCUCCAUGUUGCUGUGAGACUGAUGCACUGAGUGGCUGCAAGAAGAUAAUUCAUGUUAUAUUUGGCCAGAGAUUUAGCUGAUUUAUUCCUCUAUAUUAUCAUAUGAGCAAUGAGCCAUUUGCCCUUUAUUUCUUACAGCAGCUAUGUAGAAAUGCUUUUUUGUGUCUCCAUCUCAUUAUUCUGCUGAAAUGUUUGAUCCUGAGUAUGGUUAAAGCCCUUAAAUUUCAUGGGUUCUUCUCAUGCAGUGGCUACCCAGUGAGACUUAAUGCUUAAUUCUCCAUGUUUGCUGUUGAAUAGCAGCAGCAUGGAAUAAUGUCAUAGAAAAAUGACUCCCAUGCUACGGAUACAACAUAUAAAAGGUCUCUGAGAAUUGGUGAGUGUUGAUAUUUGUAUAUAGGACCUGUUUAGGCAGAAAUACAGAUAUUCUGGGCUAAGCAAAAUUGAGAAAGAAGGAAGGAAUGGGAAUGAUGUAAGAACUGUAAGUAGUGUCACAAAACACCGUAUAACAUUAUAACAUUAAUCCUCAUGAAAGACACUAGCUAUCUAUUUGCUGCUAGGCCCAAUUCAUGGUGUUGACUUUAACAUUGAAAGCCCUAAAUGACUUAAGGCCCAAAUACUUGAUGGCACUCCUCCUCAAAUCAGCCAGGUCAGGCAGGCCCUAUGGGUCUGUCUUGUGGGCCCUUUGAUUGAUUAUUCUAUACUGCUUAAUAUGUUAAAAAUUGUAGAAGAAAUUGACGCAACAACAGAAACUUAAAAUAUCACAGAAGCACACAGUUACAUAGACAUUAAUUCUAUAUAUUUAUCUAUCUAAAUCAAUAGCAAUUCAUUUUACUUCUGACACACCCUCUCAGCCUCCAGGUUCUCACCCACCCAGGGUCCAAACAAACUCUCAGCUCACCCACAAAAGUCUCACAAGAAGAGUUUCUGGAAACAGCAGACACCACCCCAGUGCCUCACUUAAGACUUGCUUUUUGGGGACAUGCACAAGGUGGAUGGUACUUUCUUAUACUGCCCACAGCUGUGUCCCAUUUAGCUGCACUGUGCACAUCCACUUCCAGGUACAGCAAGUUUGUUGAGUUUUCUAAGGAAAAACUAUGGGAGCAUAGGAAGUUGUUUAUAUCUACUGGUAAUCAAACUGUUGGUUCAUAUAGCUAAGUAUUGUCUACACUGACUGACAGUGACUGUCCAGGAUUUCAGACAAGGUUAUUUCCCAGCCCUACUUGGAGAUGCUGGGGAUUGAAUGUGGGAACUGCUUAAUUGUUUUGUAGUAUUUUUCUGUAUAUUAGCUAUAUUGCAGAAUUUUGAUUACCGGUAUAUCUGUUGAGUGGAUGUUUUUGCAUUUUAAAGUUUUUAAAUUCAGGUGAGUGUUGUAUCUCCAGUUUUCACCUUCAGUUUUAAAUGUUAUUAGUCCUAUGUGGAAGUGUCAAUACUAUACAUUCAAAAACAGUUGGUCUAUUUGGGGAAAGGUCUUAAUGAAGUUUAUGAUUUAGAAAAGUGAAAUGCACUUUUAGGUAUUUGAUACUAUAAAAAGCAAAACAGUGUUUGAUAUAUUUGGAGCAUGAAUUGGUUUUAUAAUACAACAGCCAAAAUAAAAAUAUAGCUGGAAAGGGUGGCUAGCCAAAGAUGUUACCAAACAGUGCCAUGUAUGGAUGGAGCAUUUCUUGGCCAGCAACUUUGGAGAUUAAGCACUUCUUCCUCCCCCCUGCAUAUCUGACUGCAAAGGAAACUUCCUGGUUUGUUAAACCACAUUUUCUGUGCUUGGUUGUCAUGGCAAACAUGUGGUUUAAUAAACCAAGAAGUUUCCUCUGAAGCCAAGUGUGAGGAAAGAGGAAACAUUUGAGUUCACAGCUCAUUUAUUUUUUCAAGAAACCAUACAUCUGAAUCAGGCAAUGUCUGAUAUCAACUGACUUCCUUGUCAUGAACCUUUCGUAUGGGGCAGUGAUUUACAGGGCAUAGGAAGACCCAUACUGUUUGUUUUUGGCCAGGAUAUGAUCCUCAGAGGGCAUGGAGUUGCUUUCAGAGCGAUUUGUCUGACAGUGAGGAUCAAGGAUCAGAGUAAAUAAGGGACAUGCUCUGCAGGACCUGGGAGAGUUCUUCCUGCAAAAGAGUGGGGUUGUGCAGCCAGUAGAUGCAGAGCAUGCAGACUGCACAAUAUCUGGUUCCCAGGCAUUUCUGAAGCUCCCCAGGCCUUGACAGCUUUGAGGAAGGAUUGUGUUAUGUCAGUACAACAUAAUAUUUUUGUGGAUUGUGUUUAUAAACUCCAGUUUUGCUGAUUUAAGUAAGCUAAGAACUUUUUGGACUAGAACACAGAUUACAUCCCCCCCCCAGUAGACUGAAGACUAAAUGAGAUGAGUACGUAACUGAUAACAACUCCCUGGUACACAACCGUUGAAGUAAUGUUUCCCCAGUAAAAAAAGGGACUUAUCCAUUAAAAGGGUUAGCUGGAACACAUGGAUGGCACCUUCUUAGUUCCAAUUUGUUAUGAAAAUCUUGAUUUUCCAGUAAUGAUAAAUGCAAGCAAAUGACAACUUGGUGUCUGUUAUGAAAUCAUUUAAAGAAUAAUUAGUUUAGAGACCCCAUUAUAAGUAAAUCUUUGGUGAAUAGAAAUUACGGGUGGUUAUGAAAGCAAAGCAUAUUAUUCCAGCAAAAUAAUUUUGAUUUUACUUAGUAAUAUAAUUGAGAACAUACUAGCACCUAUUAACAAAAAAUAAGCUGCUCACAAAGAUGGAAAAUUCAGUAUUCUGCAAAACAUUUUCCUUUUAAAGCAGGUAUGCAUUCAGUAAUAAAAACUGGAAUUGUUUCGUUGAAAUCAUGGACUAGAAUUUGGAAAAGCUUUUGGUACUAAUAGCAUCUUAUAUAUAACUAGCUGUACCCGGCCACGCGUUGCUGUGGACCCCGUUUCCCAGGACAGAUGCAUGAUGUAACAACACCCCUCCCUCUGUUGCCCUGGCGGGUGACGUCAUAUUCCCAUCAUGUGAUGUCACCCUCCACCCCGAGCCCUCUCUCUCCCCCUCACAUACCGUAUGGACAUGUUGGGGAGGGUCUGCCCAGUUUCCCCGGUGGGUGAGGGGGCAGGCGGUCCAGCUGCAGGUCCUUUGCGAAGGCGAACAUGUUGAGGGCGGCGGGGAGAACCGAGGUGCUGACGGCGGAGGGAGAUGCCGCCCCCGCUCUCCCAGAAGGAGCCGCCAGCCACCCGCUCCCAGUACCCUCUGUGCGCUCGCAUCGGAACGACGCUACCACAUUCCCUGCGGCGUCCUGGGAGUAAAGAAUGUACUAUAGUGUCUGUUGCUUUGACGUCCAACAGAUGGCACUGUUUUCCCACAAAAUCAUGUUUUUACCUGUCACAGGUGUGACAUCUAUAUAAUCUAUAUAAUUCGCAUGCAACGUUAUGUCAAAAUUUCAAGGCAAUCGGUCAAGCACUUUCGGAGAUUUUUGGCUAUGUACAGAUGGACAUUUACAUUUUUGUUUAUAUAGAUUGAUUUGAUUGGGUAAUGUUAAUAUCAAGUAGCUUCUAUGAGGGGUGGUCAGAAAAUAUUACAUAUGGCAUUUCCUGAAUGAAAAGUACUAAUUUUCUUCAGGAUUUUGUACGGAGCUGCAAUUUUUUACAUUUACUAUUUUGGGCCAGAAAUGAGUGAAAAACUUUAGCAUGGCAAAACCUCCCUAUUGCCAAGAGGCACAAUAGUCUCCUAUUACUCUCCUUAGCAAUAUUUUCCACUGAUCCAUGUCUUUUCCCACGAUCUCUGCCAUAUUUGUCACUGGUACACCCUCUUUAGCAGGCACCUUUGCUUUUUGCUUAACCCAGGCAUCCCCAAACUGCGGCCCUCCAGAUGUUUUGGCCUACAACUCCCAUGAUCCCUAGCUAAGAGGACCAGUGGUCAGGGAUGGUGGUAAUUGUAGUCCAAAACAUCUGGAGGGCCAAAGUUUGGGGAUGCCUGACUUAACCAAUGGCUACAGCUACAUUUUUUCCUGACAUUUUUGUUCCCAGGCCCUUAUAAGGCUGUAUUUGCUGGCUAUCUUGGUUUCUGCAGAUGGUGUUAUUUCUCCUGUGUUUUCUCAAACAUCCUGAUUCUUAUACUAGAAUUUGAGUAUACUUACACACUCUUCUUCUUUUUUCAUUUUUGCCGAUCAUUAAAGAUGUUGGUGUGAAGAACUAAGCUUUCCAGAUUGAUAUGAAGAACUUUACAUGAUGAAUAAAAUAAAAAUGGCAUCAGAAAAAAGUCUAACAAACAAUUCUCGGAUUCUGAGUUUGCUGUCGCAACUGGAAAAAAUCAACACAGAAUGUUUGGUGGAACCAGAAACUACCAGAUAUGUUACAUCAAAAAUUCUUCAGCUGGCUCAGAGUCAAGAAAAAAUCAGAAAGGAAAUGACUGCAAAAGGUUCAACUGGAAUAGAAGUUAUUCUAUCAACUUUAGAGAAUACCCAAGAUCUUCAGACUACACUAAAUAUCUUGAACAUCCUAACUGAGCUGGUGGCAGCAGGCAGUAGCAGAAGAACAAGUGUUCUUGUUUCUAGAGGAGGGACACAGAUUUUAUUGCAAUUGCUUGUGAAUGUCAGCAAAGAAUCCCCACCAAAUGAAGAAUUAAUGGUGCUGCUUCAUUCUCUUCUCGCAAAAAUUGGCCCAAAAGAUAAAAAAUUUGGAGUAAAAGCCAGAGUUAAUGGUGCUUUAAAUAUAACUCUUAACCUAGUGAAACAGAACUUGCAGAAUCAAAGGUUAAUAUUACCUUGUCUCCAAGUUUUACGAGUCUACUCAACUAAUUCUGUAAAUGCUGUAUCCUUGGGCAAGAAUGGACUCGUGGAAUUGAUAUUUAAGAUAAUUGGUCCUUUUAGCAAAAAGAACACCAGUCUUAUGAAAGUUGCUUUAGACACCCUUACUGCAUUGCUAAAAUCAAAAACAAAUGCAAGGAAAGCCGUAGACAGAGGCUAUGUCCAAAUGCUUUUAUCAAUUUACGUCGACUGGCAUCGCCAUGAUAGUCGGCAUAGACACAUGUUGAUCCGCAAGGGCAUCUUGCAGUCUAUAAAGAGCAUUACAAACAUCAAGUUGGGAAGAAAAGCAUUCAUUGAUGUCAAUGGGAUGAAAAUUCUGUACAACACUUCACAAGAAUGCCUUGCAGUAAGGACGCUUGAUCCACUGGUCAACACAUCCAGUCUAAUCAUGAGAAAAUGUUAUCCUAAAAACCGUCUUCCACUGCCAACCAUUAAAAGUGCUUUCCAUUUCCAACUACCUGUCAUCCCUGUUAAUGGUCCAGUGUAUCAGCUGUAUAGUUUGCCUCCUGAAGUGGAUGACGUAGUAGAUGAAAGUGAUGACAAUGAUGACGCCGAAACAGAGUCUGAGAUUGAAAAUGAUAAUGAAGAUGACAUAGAUUUUAAGAAUGAUGACAUAGAGACUGAUAUCAACAAACUGAAACCAAAGCAGGAAUUGGGGCGAUCAGUGGAAGAUCUGAAAAUGUAUGAACAGUUCUUCCCAGAACUUAUAGAGGACUUUCAGGAGUGUGACUUAGUUUCCAAGGAACCAAAGCCUUUUUCACCCAAUGUAACCCUAGGAGGGUCUAUUGUUGUCCCUACUGCUGGAGAGGAGCCAUCUCCAGCAAACCCUGCAACAGAAAUUCCUGUGAGGGAGGGUCCUGCUCUACAAACAGAGGACUGUAACAAAAGACCCAUCUUUUUGGGUCUGGUAAACCGUGAUAGCAACACGGACAAUAGCUUACAGAAUCAAAGCGAUCGCAAGAAAUUGUUUUCAUCAUGCCAGUGCCUAAACCAUGAAAUAGUUAGAGACUUUGACAGAAUUUCAUUGCAAAAUGCUUCCAAAAAUGAGCACUCUUAUAGUACAAGGGCCAUGACCAAAAAAGAGUGUAAAACUAGCCUCAGUGAAGUUGCCUGUAAUAAACCUUUUCAACACUCUUCACCCUGUGGAAGUGUGUUGUUUGAAGGACGGUCUGUCCAGCUGGGAAAGCUGUGCUGUUCUGGAGCAGAGCCUGAAGAGGAGGAAAUUUCCUGUUCCAUUUCUCUGGGAGACCAAGUGAUGCUCGAGGUACCUGAUAAGCUACAACUCCACGACCCAGAACUUUACAUUGAGGUAGUGAAAAAUACGAAGUCUGUUCCUGAAUAUUCAGAAGUGGCUUAUCCUGAUUAUUUCGGACACUUUCCACCUCCGCUUAAAGAGCCUAUUCUUGAAAGGCCUUACGGUGUGCAGAGGAAGAAGAGAAUGGCUGGCAGUCACAUGCGAACUCUGAUGACAAAAAUUGCCCAAGAUAUUGAAAGGCUGAUUCACCCUGAUGAUAUCAUAGACAGAGUUGUGUAUGACCUUGAUAAUCCCAGCUGUCCAGUGCCAGAUGAAGGAGACGUCCUGAAAUUUAACUCCAGAUUUGAAUCGGGAAAUUUACGCAAAGUUAUACAGAUCAGAAAAAAUGAGUAUGAUCUCAUUCUGAACUCUGACAUAAACAGCAAUCAUUAUCACCAGUGGUUUUACUUUGAGGCCAGCGGAAUGCGAGCAGGUGUUGCCUACCGAUUUAAUAUAAUCAACUGUGAAAAGACAAAUAGUCAGUUUAAUUAUGGUAUGCAGCCGCUUAUGUACUCUGUUCAAGAUGCACUAAAUGGUAGACCCUGGUGGACUCGUGUAGGAACUGAUAUUUGUUACUACAAGAAUCACUUUUCAAGAAGUUCCAUUGCAGCUGGUGGCCAGAAGGGAAAAUCCUACUACACAAUUACCUUCACAGUCAGUUUCCAGCAUAAGGAUGAUGUUUGUUACUUUGCUUAUCAUUAUCCAUAUACUUAUUCAGCUUUAAUGAUGCAUCUCAAAAAACUGGACUCCACACACAAUCCUCAGCAGAUAUAUUUUCGACAAGAUGUUUUAUGUGAGACACUCUCUGGAAACAGCUGUCCCAUAGUAACUAUAACAGCCAUGCCGGAAUCAGAUUACUAUGAACAUAUCUGUCAGUUCAGAAACCGUCCUUAUAUUUUCUUAUGUGCUCGUGUUCAUCCUGGAGAGACUAACGCAAGCUGGGUUAUGAAGGGAACUUUGGAAUAUCUCAUGAGUAAUACUCCUGCUGCCCAAAGUUUACGAGAAUCCUAUAUUUUUAAAAUUUUACCAAUGCUUAAUCCUGAUGGGGUCAUUAAUGGAAAUCAUCGCUGUUCCUUAAGCGGGGAGGACUUGAACAGACAAUGGCAAAACCCCAACCUAGAUCUGCACCCCACCAUUUAUCAUGCCAAAGGCCUGCUGCAGUAUUUGGCUACUAUAAAACGUUUGCCCCUGGUUUUUUGUGAUUAUCAUGGUCAUUCUCGCAAGAAAAACGUGUUUAUGUAUGGCUGCAGCAUCAAGGAAACCAUGUGGCAUACUAAUCUUAGUGCUGCCUCUGGUGAUGUGGUUGAAGACCUUGGCUAUAGGACUCUUCCAAAGAUUCUGAGUCAGACAGCGCCAGCAUUCUGCAUGAGCAGCUGCAGUUUUGUGGUAGAAAAGUCCAAGGAAUCUACAGCACGUGUUGUUGUUUGGAGAGAAAUAGGUGUUCAGAGGAGUUACACCAUGGAAAGCACAUUAUGUGGAUGUGACCAGGGGAAGUACAAGGGCUUACAAAUUGGGACACGUGAACUCGAAGAGAUGGGAGCCAAGUUCUGUUAUGGUUUAUUGCGAUUGAAAAGGUUGACAUCACCACUUGAAUACAACCUGCCAUCUACACUCUUUGACAUUGAAAAUGAAUUGAUUGAAUCCAAUUGUAAAGUGACAAGCCCCACUACGUACGUUCUGGAAGAAGAUGAACCUCGCUUUCUCGAAGAAGUGGAUUAUAGUGCAGAGAGCAACGAUGAGCCAGAUGUUGAGCUGGCAAAUAAUGCUGGUGACUAUGAGCCCAGUCUCCAAGAAGAAGGACAUUCUGACUCUGAAAUUACAAGGACGCAUUUGCCUUGAGACAUCCUUGGAGCACAAAGAAGAAAUUAAAUUCUCUGGAUUGAUUAUGGAAGAUGGACAUGGAGGGGUAUUUAAUCCUGAGGUUUCGCUCAAGCAAAUUAACUGCAGUCAGUCCAGUUCAAAAACAAUAAAUGUCUCUGGCUUUUAAAUGAGUUGACACUUGUUUUAUUUAAAGAAUUUAGUUCUUAUCCUGAGCACUGAGCUUUAUCACUUGAUUGCCUGUUAAAUAUUGUUGCAUGGCUAUUUGUGUUCAUCCUUAUAAUUACCAGAAAAAUUAAGUAAGAAGUUAUUGGUGUGCCAGAAGGCAGCAGCUACACCUUAUUCCUUAUGAUGCUGACUUCUGAGCUGGUUUCUGAAACUCACAUAAACACAGCUUUGUUGGUUUUGUGUGUGUUUGUGCUGACACUUCCCCCUCCAUAUUUUGCUAUUUGUGUUUAACACAGUGCAGGGCUCGCUCUGCAGUUUUUUGUUUUGCACUUAACUGAGAGAAAGAAAAUGGAUGUACUGAGUGAUGUAUAUCUUGAGCCUUAAAUAAAAUGUGAUUACAUGAUUUUAGUAUCUGAAUAUCUAAUUCAGAAAAUAUUUGUGUUUUGCACAGUAAUUCCUUUUGCCAGGCAAAGGCUUUGAUAGUCUUUACAAACACAUCAAUCUAUGCCUGUACUAUACCAUUUCAUGCAACAAGUAGGAGCUCACAUGGUUGCAAGCUUCUCCAUAUAAAAACAGUUACUGAGCACAGGAAAUCACCAUUGAAAACAGGCAGGAGUCUGUUCUUCAUGGCAUAGCAUUCUAUGUGCAGCAAUUUGGUGGUGUUGUUUUUUAAUGGAGGAGCUUUCUGUCGUGUGCCUCUCCCCCAAUUGUAGAUUGAAGUGGUAUGGUCCAGACAUACAGUUGCCAUCUCACCUGCUUUUUAUGAGAACUAAGCCUUCCAGGAGUUAUAUAUUUUAUAUAUACAUUCGUAAUCUUCCUCCUGAAGUAAAUAUGAAACUUGGGGGAAAUCUGUUGUUUUAUUAGUAAGUAUAAACAUUAAUUGUAUGUAUAUUUAGUGACAGAUACCAAUAACAGCAGUUUAGUGAUUUAUAGUUGUAUUCAGUUAAAUCCUCAUCCCAUUCAUGAAAAGACUUUGCCUCUCUCUCUUCUCCCUGUGGGUUUGGAAUAUGUGGAUUUGGAAGAACCCACAGAACAGAAUUAGAGGGCACACGGGGAAGGGGGGGAAAGGUAUGCUGUGAAAGAGGAGGUCCUUGUACAAAUGGGGCAAUGUCGCUGGAUACAGGCCUUAGUCCUAUUUUUAAAAGACAUCUGAAGGUAGCCCUGUUUAGGGAAGUUUUUAAUAUUUAAUGCUGUAUUGUUUUAAUACUUGAUUGGGAGCUGCCCAGUGUGGCUGGGGAGACUCAGCCAGCUGGGCGGGGUAUUAUUAUUAUUAUUAUUAUUAUUAUUAUUAUUAUUAUUAUUAUUAGUCCUUCCCUCAUUUAACAUGCAUUUAGCUAAAAUUAAUUGUGUGUGCCCCUGGUGUCCAUUUGGAAUGGCGUUUCCAUAUGCCCAUUUGUUGUACCACUGGAAUUCAGUGUGAUUCAGAGGAAAUUAAAAUGAGAAUUGAGAAUAUUUAAAUGUGGUACUUAAAUAUGCAGAUGCCCCAGAAUCCUAGAUGCUCAAAUUUUCAUUUUGUCUUGAGUAUACCUAAUUAUAGCUGCUGUUUCUCUCCCACCCCACCCCACAUCUUACUUUCUUGAGAUUGUAGAUCAAAUCAGAUGCAAAAUUGGCACCAAGACAUGAAUACUGAGAGGGCAGAACUCCAUGUGUUACUUCCCCAUUGCAUCUUCCUAGAUAAAACACACCUGUUCGCCCUCACAAACACCUGUCUGGUUUUGGGGGGGGGAGCAUUAGAAAUGGAGAUGGUUUGCAUUUUUGUUUUUUGUUUUUUUUUGUUUUUUUUUUGCAAAUUAAAUCAGUUGCUUAUUGGUCAAGAGGAACUGGUUUAAUUUUGUAACUGGUCCUUCACUUACCAAGGAAACUUCCAAAAAGAAAUGGCACAAUCAAAGCAUUCUUUCGUGCAUGUUUGUCAAAUGAUCUUUUUAAAAAACGCUUGGAAGUGUUUCACAUUGUAAGGUGAAAUGAAUAAAUUUAUGAAAUGCUUUGAACAGAAAUACUGAGAACAAAGAAUUAGUAUUGUAGUUCAAAACCAGUAUAAAUAUUAAGGGCCCAACCUGCCACUUUUGCUACGCUUUGCAGUAACCCAGGUAUACAGAAAUACUCUCCUAGUGGUGAUAUUACAUUUCUGGCUAGGAGGAUGGGGCAUGCAAUGACUCCUCCUGGCGGCAGUAACAUCCUCGCAACCAGGCUCCAGCAUUCCCUUCUCCUCAACAGAUGUUUGAGGAGCUAACACUCAACCAGUAUCUGUUGCUCUGUUGUUCAGUAAAACUGUGGAUCAGAACCUUGAUCCAUCCCUUUUGUGACUUAUAGAAGUGGUGAUGGGGAUAUAUUCCCAUAAAGAUAAAUGACAAUUAAUUGAUUCUGUACCUAUUUGCCGUUUGCAUUGUCCUAACAAACAACUUGUGAACAUGGGGUUUUAUAAAUUAUGUUGGCAGUACUUCAUUUCUUUUUCCCAUCUCCUUAAUCUAUGAGGAUUUAACAAUCUUGCAGGCAAUCUGUGAAUGUUAUGGAAUAAAUCCCUGUGUUUAUAAAAGCCUUUUAACCUAAUUUUGAUUUUACAAAGUGAUUUUUGAUGCAAGCUUGAAAUGGUGCAAGUAUAUAGAUUUGGGUUGUACUUCCCUAUUAACUUUUGAGGACUUCCUGAAUUUAGGAGAGAAAAUUGUGUAUCUUUCCAGUAAUACAUUUUAAUGAAUGCUGGAAUCUUCCUUUUAAAGUAUUGUACCUCUCAGGCAAAGGUUGCUAUUUGUGCCAAUUUUCAGAUGUUAGUACAGUGGAACCUCGAUUUACGAACACCUCAGUUUACGAAUUUUCGGUUUACGAACGCCGCGGACCCAUCUGGAACAGAUUAAUUCACUUUCCAUUACUUUCAAUGGGAAAGUUCGCUUCAGUUUAUGAACGCUUCAGUUUAUGAACAGACUUCCGGAACCAAUUGUGUUCAUAAACCGAGGUACCACUGUAUCAUGUGAAAUACUACACUUCUCUUAGCUAACGAAAGGCAGCAAAUACCCAAACUUAGGCUGUCAAAACAAAAACAUUUGUAGAAAAGUCAGGAAGCCCAGGUUUUAAAAUAAUUAUUCAAUGUAAUGCUGUAAUGAUAAAUUGUGGCAAUAUUAUUGUGCAUGACCCUGCAGAUAUAUUAUUUAUCAAGUAAGUGUAUAAUAAAAAAAAUACUAUCAUCUGGUUUCAGUACAUUUUCUUUUUGCUGUGUGGAGAGUGUAAAGAAUCUUUAAAGUGAGAAAGUCUGGGAAUGUUUUCAAAGACAUUGUACAGAUUACUAGUGUUCUUGCUACUAAGACAUUUUUGUAAUUCUGUUAAACUCGAAGAGCAAUGAAUCUGAUACAUUUCAAAUUCUGCUUCAUGUCAACAUGAAUCUACAGCACAGUUAUACCUCUAGAUAUGAAUGCUGUGGGUUGCGUACAACACGAGUUACGAACGCACCGAACCCGGAAGUAACGGAACAGGUUAUUUCUGGGUUCAGCGGUUCACGCAUGCGCAGGAGCGCCGAAUGACGUCGUGCGCAGAAGCGGGUUACAUACUGCUCAUGUUGCAACCAGGGCUCCGGAACGUAUCCCAUUCGCAACCAGAGGUACCACUGUAGUUUUCUUGUCGAUGCAUGUAUUUAAAAUGGAUAUCCUAUAAGAAGGCACAAGUCUACAUAAGUGGUCUACUGCUAUAGAUGUGGUAACUGUUCCCUCUUCUGUGUAUAUACCAUGUAGAGAGAAAAUAAGCCCAAAUUCCCAUGCAUUUCCAAAAUUUAAAGGCAGCUUCAUUGCCAUUGCCUGUUGGGCUUUUUUUUUCAUUGCUUGUAGCUUUUUAGACCUUAUUCCAUUAAUAUAUAAAAUACUAAUCUCUUCAGCUUGAUAAAUCUAUUUCAAAAUUAAUAGAUGGAUAGAACCUUUGGACUAUACUCACUGAAUUGGAUACAAAUAUAUAAAUAACCAGCAAAAAAUGAACAAAUAAUAAAAAAAUGUCUUUGGUGGGCAACAAAAAAGGAAGAAAAGCUUUUUUGUACAAAUACAUGAAAUAAAUGUGCUCCAUUGUACUUUGUGUUGAAACAUUACAGACAUUUCUUCUCCUUAAUGAGUAAGUUAUGCUCAUCUUUAUUGCCUCUCAUUUGUCCUGCAUUUUGUGUGUGUAUUGUUUUGGUUUCACUUGAUACUUUAAACAGAUAUAUAUUUGAAGUACUUAAAGUUUUACUUUACUGACUGUUCAAUAACAGUAAAAAUUUGGGGAAGGACAUUGUGAAUUAAACACCCAAAGAUGAAUUUUCUUUGUUUUCACAAUCCUUUUGCCAUUGGAGCUCUGAAACUGAUGCAAAAGAAUUGCAGAAGCCAAAGGUUAGAGAUAGUGAGGAAAUAUAUUAAUGUGAGAAAUAAAAACUGUUCCUCUGGCCUCCCACUAAGCAAUUCCCCCCCCCCCUCUAGAGUCUAGUGCAAUAGGCAUUCACUGCUGGCUCCACAAUGUGCAUUUUUUGUUUUAGAUCAGAUUUUUCUCCGGCUCUCACUGGUCUCAUUAUGGUAUUUGCCUGCCUAAGGCUACAAUCCUAUACACGUUUAGGUGGGAAUAUGUCUCGUGGGAUUUACUUCUGUACAGACAAUUACAGCACUGCACUGUAAGCUAGUAUUUUCUUCAUUCCAAUAUAUCAUGUAAGGCCAUGGCCACUCUUGGCCUACCCUAUUUGUCAUGACCACUUUUGCAUAGAACAUGCGAGGGAGCGGGGAGGACGAAAACUCUCGACAAAAUCAUCUUUAAUAGCUCUCUGGUCAAUCCAUAGCUGUCAAGUUCUCCCUUUUUUCAAGGGAAAUUCCGUUAUGCUGAAUAGGCUUCCUCGCGAGAAAAGGGAAAACUUGACAGCUAUGGGUCAAUCAUGAGACCAAGUCUCUAAAGAGUCAGAACAUUGUUUUUUGUAGAAUUAAGACGAUCAUUUUGGGAUCAGUUGGGAUAAUUUCUCCCAUGCUGCUAUAGUUCUGGUGGUAGUUGUAGUCCCAGCCAUUCAGCAGCAGUGUGUGUGUUUUGUACACUCCCUCUGUGUUGCCUGAAAGGGUCUUGCCUGAACCCGGACCUGCUUGUGAGAGAAUCUUGUUUUAUAUUCUUUUUUUAAAAUUAUUAAAGGACAUGCGUAGUCUGGUGCUGGGCAAGAGGGAGAGCACACAUUUUUCAAAGAAGGAAAUGUUCUUAUUAGAGUUGUUAAUACUUAUUUUAUUUAUGAGUAGUUUCCCUUGAGGCAUCCUGAAGCAAUUCACAAUAUAUAAAAGUUACAUAUACAAAAACAGUUAAAAUGAUGAUUGCAUAUAUAAAAACAAUUUUAGGAAGCCUAAUUGCUUCAGAAAGCAAUUAUAAAUAUAAAGACAGUUCUUGAAUGUGAUGAUUGAAUAUUUAUAUACAUCACUUUUAAAAAAGCAAUUAUAUAUAUAAAAACAAUUCUUGAAUGACAGCACUGCUCAAAGAAAACAGUAAGCUUUCGCUAUUUUUUCUGUGGUUCUUUUUCUCAGGCUACAGGGCUGCUUGCGUGGUAAGACAGGGUGAUACACAUGUUUUAUGCUCAUCUGAAAUACAAAGAAAAAGAGCCUAUUAAAACUGCUUCAAAUCUAGGGCUCGGGGAGAGGGAUGUUCUUUUGCUAUCAGAGAUACCACAGGCCCUGUCAAACAGCUUCCAAUAACAGUAGCAUUGCUUGAAUCGCAGAGUGAGUCAGGGUUUGGGUUAUGACAGGAUAUAGUCGACAUGUUUGCCUAUGACAGAAUUGUCCCCCACUCCUAAUGCACAUUAUUGCAAGACAAAAGUGGUUCCAAAUCUCUAGAAAAUGUAACUUGAAAAAAGACAUUGCACAUACUUUUGUAGGCCAAUAAAUCGUUAAUAAAAAUACGUUUUAAAAAAUAAAAUCUCUGAAGUGUAUUAUGACUUUAACAUAAUGACUCUUUUGCAGAUAUGUACUGAUGCAUCUCCUCCUCUAGGUGGCAGUAUCUUCCCGUCUGGUGCUUCACAUCAGCAAGAUUCUGCUUUUAUGAGGAGAACAGAGUGUAGCAGGCAGUUCUAAUGAAAUGGAGAUCCAUGUUAUUUAGGUUGCCAAAUCCCUACCCCCAAAAUGCCUGAUUAUGAGAGAAGCCAUACCUCCCAAAUCCUCUCUGUCUGGCACCAGUUUAGACGCACCCUUAAAGGUAGCUGAGCUGACUGCACAUUCCUGUACAUGCCUACUUCAGUGGGGCUUACUCCCAGGUAAGUUGGUAUAGGACUUCAGGCUCGUUUGGAGCAUUCAUGUCACCCUUUCAUUUUAGAAAAUUACAAUGUGAUUCAGUUCAAAGA